AUGUCACUCGUAGACGUCUUCCCGCAAGAUCCGUUUACGCCCAGCCUUCGAUAUGCGGCAGUACAGAAGCUACCAAUCACAGUUCCCUGGAACAACGAAUCCAUCAAGCUCGGAACUCCUCUGAUCGUGUCGCAAACCGAGAAGAGCACCUUCAAAGAGGAGAAAUGCGCGUUCUCGCGGGCGUCUCUAGCCAGCAGCCGACUGACUUUCGUGAGCUCCGCCAGGGGAAGCGUUUGUGAAUCGGCCACAUCAUCUGCCGCAGCGUCCUCUGAGCAUCUGAAUUUGUCAGUGCAGGGCCAGAUUGGAUGGAAGCUCCUAGGUGGUUCCGGCCAGGCCCGCUACGAAACGAGCGUGAAAGACGACAAGAAUGAUCUCAAGUCCAGCCUCCGAGUCGAAUACCGUAGCGGCACCCUCACAUUUGCCCAUGUCCCGCGGCUUUCAGCUGAAGCCUUCCACAUACUUCAGACGAGUCCAGAGCCACAGCAAGCGUUCCAAAAGGAGUUUGGAGAAUACUAUGUGGGAGCGUACAUCCUAGGAGGGGCUAAUGUCAACAUGGUCUCCGCGUCAUCCGCUUCGUGGUCCAAGUCGAAAGACCUCUCCGGAUCCUAUACCGUCAAUUUCCUUUGGUCGUCAACGACCAAGCCACUUGACGAUCAUGAACGAAGCGGAAACCUUUUUGGAAAUGUUGCCUUGAGCGCCUAUGAUUCACUUGACGGCUGGCAGGAGAACAAAAGCGGGGCUGGCAACACCACCUACUUGGACAUAGUACGAUCAGCAGACGACAACAAAUUACGAGGAUGGGCACUAGCAAAGCGGGUGACAAGGAAGGCGAAGGAGCUGAAGGUGGAAAAGGGAAGCGAGGUCUCUUGGGACAUGUGUGAUACCAUCUGCAAGGCUGGACUGGUCGUCGAGGUCCUGUUGUUGCCGUAUGCAGGUCUCAGGGAUUACACCUCGGCUCUCCUAUCGGCUGGCGUCUAGACGUCUGUCGAUCUAAGUGUGGUCAAGUUGCAGGCGGAUGUAGUCCUGUUAGUUAGUCUUAGUUGUAAUAGAGGGUUCCAGAUGGGUGAUGUCCCUCGAACGACCUCUCGGG